AUGAGCGUUGUGAGCCAGCUCACAGGCAUCCCGUUCUUGUUACCCGAGGGCCAGGAAUGGGUUCAAUCGCGAACUGGGCAAAAGUUGGACGUCGAAAAGCUAAGUCCUACUAGGCCUCCAUGGGAGAAACAACGUGCAUUGAAUACAUGUGCAAUGUACAGCGAUUUGCAGACGGGAGCUAUAUUUGAUCUUCCGGAUAGAACCGUCGUGGAGCUUCAUCUUGAAAGAUAUCGGUUAUCCCUUAUUCAGAGCAUAUUUCCCAUUGUGGACAAAGAGCUAUUCCAGGAGACCAUUGAUGCCGUCUAUCAGCAGCCUCAGCCCGAUUCUUGCUACGUAGAGUCAAGUUUAAGAGCGUGCAUCUUUGCUUUUUUGGCAUUCUCGUCUCUUAUCAUGGAACCCUGUCAUGAAGGGAUAGCACCUCAACCCCCACCUGUUGAUGGCGAGAAAUACUUUAUGAAAGCACAUCUUCUGAUACCCCAGAUUCUGCAAGGGACUCCAACACUGGAUGGUGUCCAGGCAAUUGCAUCACUGUCUUUGAACCAGGCCUUGUACGAGCUAUUCACCGGUAGCCUGCAAUCUGCAAACUACUUCGGCACUCUUGUAGCACGCAUGCUAUUCAUGCUAGGUGCUCAUACUUCCCUUCCAGACGAAACUGAAUACCCAAAAACAACUGCCGGAGACCAUCGCUCUCGAGUACAACGGCAACUCAGAAUUAUCUUCUGGCUUUGCUUCACCGUUGAGAAAGAUGUCUGCAUUCGGAUUGGGCAACCCCAGAUGUUCACAGACGAAAACUGCGAUCUAACCUUGCCAACCGGCUACGUCGAACAAUUGUACGAAGACAUCAAGGUACACCAUUUCGCCAAGGAAAUACCAAGGACCGAAAUAACAGGAUAUCCGCUCUUUCCUGUCGACCUUCGCCUGAGUAUCAUCAAGUCACGCGCCUACAGCACACUCUACUCAUUCAAGGCUCUCAAGAAAACCGACGCUGAGAUUCUAAAAGACAUCCGCGAGCUCGACGACGAGCUGGAGCGCUGGCGAAUGUCCAUCCCUCUCGAAUGGCGACCAACCUUGUCCUUCUCCCACGAAACCCCCGACCCAAACGUCAGCAUGCACUCCGUCAUGCUGCGCCUAAACUACCACCUCUGCAUGACAAUCAUCCACCAGGCCAGCAGCCGCUGCAAAUCCUGGGCCAAGGGCCAAGGCGGCGUGAUGGACGGCGUGAGUUCCAGCCUCGCGCUCUCCGUCGAAGCCAGUCGUUCGACCCUCCUCUACAUCGAAGCCGCGGAGCAUGUCCUCGUCGACGGAAUUUUCUGGACCCUAAUCUUCUACCCCAUGUCCGCCCUCCUCGCAAUCUUCUGCAACAUCCUCCAGAACCCAUCCGACCCGCAGGCCACAAAGGACGUGCGCCUCCUUCGAACAGCAACGGGUAUGAUGGAGCGAUUAUUCUCGCGACAGCCCUUCGCAGUCGCGGAGAUCGUGCAUAUCAAGCUCGUGGCCGACUUCGUCUCCGAGUUGUAUAGACUUGCUACUUGUGCUAUUGAAAAAGCGUGGAAUGAGCGUUCUCGUUAG